AUGGCUUGUGUUUUCACAUCCAACAAAACCAUCAGAGUUUGUCCUUUCCUCAACGGGGAUGUGGAAAACCCAGAACCCAAAACUAACAGCACAUGGAUUCGUCCCAAUUUGCCCAGCAAGUGUACAUGGAAACCAGGAAAAUCCAUCUCGGAAUCUCCUCAUAAUUGUGUGCCUUUACCAAAAGAACCAAAGAUUUUGUCAAAUAUUUUGGAAAAAAUUGGACAUACCCCUUUAGUUCGAAUCAACAAAAUUUCAAAAGCGUAUGGACUUAAAUGUGAGCUUUUGGCAAAGUGUGAAUAUUUCAAUGCUGGAGGGAGUGUGAAGGACCGAAUAACAUUGAGGAUGUUAGAAGAUGCAGAGAAUGCCGGCAUUCUAAAACCAGGAGACACAAUCAUUGAGCCUACAUCAGGAAAUACAGGAAUUGGGCUGGCCUUGUCAGCUGCAGUAAAGGGCUACCGCUGCAUCAUUGUCAUGCCAGAGAAAAUGAGCAUGGAGAAGGUGGAUAUCCUGAGAGCACUCGGGGCUGAAAUUGUAAGAACCCCAUGUACCAGAUUUGAUGCUCCUGAAUCAAAUGUCCGUGUUGCUUGGAAACUGAAAAACGAAAUCCCAAACUCACAUGUUUUGGACCAGUACCGAAACCCAAGUAACCCACUGGCGCACUAUGACACUACAGCAGAAGAGAUUCUGGAACAAUGUGAUGGCAAAGUUGAUAUGAUUGUGGCUGGAGCUGGCACUGGAGGCACCAUCAGUGGUAUUGCCAGGAAGAUGAAGGAGAAAUGUCCCGAUUGCAAAAUUGUUGGCGUAGAUCCUGAAGGCUCCGUAGUUGCUCUACCCAGCUCACUCAACACAGCAGAGGAUGCAACAAUGGAAGUGGAAGGGAUCGGACACGACUUCAUCCCAACUGUCCUAGACAGAUCUGUGAUAGAUCAGUGGUGCAAGAGUAAUGACACUGAAUCUUUUCUUAUGGCUCGCAGAUUGAUUAGAGAAGAGGGGCUGCUGUGCGGAGGAAGUGCGGGCAGUGCGAUGUCUGUGGCGGUGAAGGCUGCCAAGCAGCUAAAGGAAGGACAACGCUGUGUUGUCAUCUUACCUGAUUCUGUGAGGAAUUACAUGUCCAAAUUUUUAAAUGACAAAUGGAUGAUCACAAAUGGAUUUCUGAAAGAGGAUGUUCAAGAACAUUAUCCCUGGUGGUGGAAUAUCAAGGUGCAGAAACUGAAUCUCUUGGCUCCCCUGACUCUUCUUCCAGAUGUGAACUGCCAAAAGGCAAUUGAAAUCCUCAGGGAUAAGGGAUAUGAUCAGGCACCAGUUGUUGCAGAAUCAGGACUCAUCUUGGGAAUGGUAACUCUCAGCAGUAUCCUCUCCUCACUCCUAGCAGGAAGUGCCCAGUUCUCAGAUCCAGUCAUCAAGGUCAUUUAUCAGCAGUUUUCAAAGAUUAGUUUGGAUGACACUCUUGGAAAACUUUCACAUAUUUUGGAAAACGAUCACUUUGCUAUAGUUGUCCAUGAAUUAGAACAAUGCAAUGCUGAUGGAACCUCCUACACAAAACAGAUGGUGUUUGGUGUGGUCACAGCCGUUGACCUGCUCAGCUUUGUCACCCGAAAAAACAACUCUCAGAAGCUAAACAAUGGAACACUCAGUUCAAUGUCUUCUGAAAAAAAAUUGUCCUCAGCAGAGUAG